CUACACAAAAUCCAUGUCAGCCAGCACCAAGCUCUUUUCAAUUCUUUUUCGUGUUCUCUUCGUGCGAGGCCAACAAAUUUCUUAAAAAUGGCAAAGCGUACAAAGAAGGUUGGAAUCACCGGGAAAUACGGUACCCGUUAUGGUGCCUCCCUCAGGAAAAUGGUUAAAAAAAUGGAAAUUACCCAGCACAGUAAAUACACAUGUACAUUCUGUGGCAAGGACGCAAUGAAACGUAGUGUCGUUGGUAUUUGGUCAUGCAAAAGGUGCAAAAGAACUGUUGCCGGAGGUGCUUGGGUCUAUUCAACAACCGCAGCUGCUUCUGUCAGAUCGGCAGUCAGAAGAUUGCGUGAAGUUAAAGAACAAUAAGUUCUCUUUAAUUAAAUAAAAAUUUAUUCAAUAAAUUGAAAUAA